CUGAGCAGGUUUUUAUAUCAUCCUUGCCAAUAUCUUGAUUAUUAUCGCCCUGAUACUUCUUGAACCUGCUCCAUAGCGGCUGUCCACUGUUGAUGCGCGCGCUCCUUCUGCCCAAUCCGGACUGUUGAAGAAGGCCCCCCAGUCAAACGUUUAUCCCUUCUCAUCACCGGCCAUUGGCUGUGCUCAGGGACUGCUCCCUGGAUGUUCACUGACUGACUGCACAGGCUUUUACCCUGUUUCUCCCCUGUUUCUUCAGUGUUCUCUCACUGGCUGAUCGGGACAAUCCUCACUGAAGGCUGAGGCUUGCCCCGCUCCUCCUCCUCUCAUCAACCCCUACCUACCUGUGCCCCUCCCUCGCUAUUCGCUGUUCGCAUCAUUCCCUCCUUCAAGAUUCCCGCUGUCACCAUGGUUGACCCGCUCGACCAUCUCCUACGGAGACUCUUAGUAUUCCUACCAACCAAGCAUUAGCCCCCCCUUGAAGAAUAACCCCGAGUGCCUUGGCCCUUGAGCCCCCCCGUUCGGAUAACCCACCUUCCUGGGGCCAAGCUUUCCCUUAAGGUUGUUACGAGGGUGGAUGGAUCUUCGUCGGUCGACCUACGUCCCGUGGAAAGAAAAGAGAGCUACGCUAGGCUACGCUACGCUACGCUACAGGGGGGCUCCGUCCGUCUUCGUCGCCGCACUCUUAACACGCCCAUCUCCCGAUGUUUGAAGAAAAAAACUACCUUUCCUCUCGCCUCAUUGCCUUCUUCGAUACCCUUUCAAGCGCUGGUUUGCUUUCAUAUCUCAAAGACAAUCGCUUCCACUCAUUUGGUUCCAUUUACGAAAACAAUAUACUUCAACAAUAAUAACCUUUUAAUCUCCCCCCUCCUCCUCACUCUCGACAUUCUAGUUGUAAUUGGCUCAGGCUGGUCCAGUUGAACUCAUCUACAACUAUCUUCUUCUUCUUCUUCUUCAACGAUUAUCAUCAAAUCGACGACGACUUUUUUCGAUCAAUCGAUCAAUCAAUCAAGCUACUUCAUAAUGCCUAGCAUCAGAUCGGUUAUGGGUGCGGUGGUGGUGGGAUUACUGGCGACUGUGACUGCUCUCCCUGCUGCGCAAAAGAUGUCACCAUACGAGAGGAGGGCGUACGAGUUCGGUCAGCUGGCACGAAAGCAUAUGCUCGAGGAGAGACAGAACCCAACAACUGGACUUCCCGAUGGAUUGACCGAUGUUGAUAUCUUGGAAUUGUGCGUUGUCUCUCUCAUCAACUUGAUUCCAUUAUGGUUUGAUUUUCAUGGACUAACACACAACAGCGCUCUCACAUUAGAAAACCUCGAGACUGCUUUCUACCAGCAAGGUUUCGCCAAGUUCCCAGACUCUGACUUCGCUGCUCUCGGUCUCGCUCCCCAGGAAAUCACCAACCUGAAGUCGAUCGGUGGAACUGAGGCUACUCACGUAACGACCCUCACGAGUGCCAUUGCUGGAGCCGGAACUGCACCAGUUGCUCCUUGCACGUACAACUUUGCUUUCACGGAUGCGAAGUCCAUGGUUGCUACUGCCGCAGUAUUGGAGAACGUUGGUGUUUCUGCAUACCUCGCCGCCGCUCCUCUCGUCAAGACCCCCGGAAUCCUCACCGUCGCCGCCGAGAUCGUCACCGUCGAGGCCAGACAUCAAACCUUCAUCCGCACCGCCUCAAGAGUCGCCGCCAUCCCCUCCGCAUUCGACACCCCGCUCGGCAUCCGCGCCGUCUUCACCCUCGCCGCCGGAUUCAUCUCCUCCUGCCCAGCAGGCUCCAACCUCGCCAUCACCCCCUUCCCAGCCCUCACCAUGACCGCCGGCGCCCCCGCCGGUGCCGUCGCAGCUGGCUCAACCGUGCAGCUCUCAUCCACUGCAACCGGCGCCACCGGCUGUGCCUUCGUCAACGGUGGUCUGCCUGGUGGAGCGGCCUUCACCUCCUUCGCCAACGGUGCUUGCACUGUGCCUCCUAACCUUGCUGGUGUCACUUAUGUGCACUUGACCAGCGCUACGCCCACGGAUGGUACUCUCACUGAUGCCAUUACCGUUGCUGGUCCUAUGGUCAUGACUAUCUCAUAGAAGACCGGAUGUUCGUUCGUACUUAGGUGCGCAACAGAGUCGACGCAAGGACGUCGUGUGGGACUUGGCUUAGAGAGGGGAGUAAUAGAUAAAGUGGUGUGAUGGAGUGUGAGAGAGAUGAAUGACAAUUUUUUUUUUAUUAUUUUUCUUGGGUUAUUUUCAGCGAAAGAAAGAUCGCGGGGAUGAAUGGGUGGUUGUUGGUGUUGUUGGUGUUGUGGUUGUUGUCUUUGUGUGUCUUGUACAGGUCUCUUGAUGGGACAAGAAACUUGGCGAGCGAGCAAGCAAGCAAGCGAUGAAAAAGGGCAGUGAGCGAUUCACUUGACUUUUGAUUGUUUUUAGAGAAAGAAGAAGAUGAUGACGAGAGAGUGAGAGAGAAUGAGCACAGCUUUAUGCUCGACCAUUUUUAUUGUGUGAAUACAUCAAUCCAAUUCGAUUCUUGAUGAAUGUCUAUUGUA